GCAUCGUUAUGGAAAGGAUAGUAAAUGACGAUCGAUGCUUUUCAUUAAAUGAGUCAAGUUUUAUAUAGCUAGCUGUGAGCCUGGGACGGCCAUCAUCAUCACUUCCAUCACAUUUUAUCUAAGGCAUUUGUUUUCUGCUCAACCUAACUAGGCUUGCUUCAAUAUUCAACAUGGCGAGAGUUCUACUUCCCAGUUUUGGGACUCUCGAUCCGUUCAUUUGAAAUACGUCAAAGGGGCAUUGGAAAAAGGGGCUGUUUGUUUGGAUGGUAGUCCGGCUGCAUACUACCAUGACAAAGGGGUAGGCGAUGGGCGUCACAAUUGGGUUAUUUACCUUCAAGGAGGAGGCUGGUGCUCUAAUCACACGGACUGCAAAAAUCGCACCACUUCAGGCCUCGGAACUUCUACUCAUUUCAACAAAACUUUCGCCUUCGAUACUCCUUUUUUUAACAGCAAUUCCACCAGUAAUCCUGAGUUCUACAACUGGAACAGGGUGUUUGUUCCAUAUUGUGACGGAUCUUCGUUUACGGGAAACAAAGAAGCUGUUGAUCCGGUUACUAAUGUAACCUACAGAGGUUUCAGAAUCUUUGAGGCCACAAUGGAUGACCUCCUGUCUAAAGGAAUGAAGCAUGCUCGAUAAAGUGAGAGUUGAGAGCUUUCUCUCAAGGAAACUGGUCACCACCAACGGUCAGAUUCCUUUCUCUCACGCCGCCGUGAACCACCGACUCCCGGAGCUAAGACAUCUCCUGUACUAACAGUCCAUCUACUACUGUAGUACAAGAAAACACUAUUCAUAGUUGACUUUUGUUUUUUGUGGAAGAUUUACAAGGAUCUAAAGCUUGGGGAGGGAAUCCGAGAUAUGUAUGGGGGUCGCCUCACCAGGGCGGACCUCUAGACAUAGUUUUCUUCUUUGAGCUUUUCUCCGUUCUAAAGUUACUAUUCUUCAUCGGAUUUGAUGGGCAGAGUAACCAACCGUAGCUCCAAGCUCAAAGGUACUCCACCUGAGAAGAAAACAUCAUUGAGAAUCCAAGCUAUGCGUACAAAGGAUGGAGCAGGGACUAGCAAUUCUACUGGACCUGAGUCUCAAAAGGGGGAUGGGGAAGCCAGUGUGCUGGGGGCAGAGGAAAAUAGCCUAACAAAGGUGGGGGAAGAUAUGAUACCCAAACAAGAUGGUAAUGGAGGGGGGGCUACACCUAAAGUUGUUAAGACCGUGGAAGUGAAUGUCACACAUGGAUCUAUUGACCAAGCUACUGUGUAUGUUGAGAAUGAUGGUGGUCAAACUAUUACUGUACCUACACCUAUGGUUGAACAAAGGGUGGAGCAGCUUGUUAAUCCACCUCCUAUUGCAGGGGAAGCUGCGAAAGUACCUCUUAUUAUGCAAGAGGAACCAACAAUUGAGGAGGGGUCAUCCUCUCAUGCUAUGGAUGAUGGCGUUUUUAAGAAGACAAGUGUUUGGAAGUCACCUUGGACUUCACUUUUCAAAGAUAACAGGGAACCAAGCAAAGGAAUGAAAUUGAAGUAUAUAGAACCUGUGGGGGACUAUGUAGACUUAUCCAAAAGAAUUAUGCCCUCUAUUAUUGACCUAUGGGGGUUCUGUUUGGUGGGGUACUUUGCAGGAAGGUUCCCCGGUCUGAAGCCUAUACACGAACUGGUUGCGAAAUGGGAGGUGCAAUGUAAUGUGAGACAACAUGAUCAAGGUUGGGUCAUCUUUAAAUUCAAAAGUGAGGAGGCAAGGAGUAAAGUUCUUAUGGAAGGCCCUUACUCACUUUUUGGUAAAUCUUUGUACUUAAAGACCCUGUCGGAGGACUUUUCCUUUAAUAGUGAUGAGUUCCUAAAGGUGCCUAUUUGGGUCAAGUUUCCUUACCUCCCUAUGCAAGUGUGGGAUGAGGAAGUGAUUAGUGAAAUUGCUUCUCGUGUGGGUACUCCAUUGACUACCGAUAGGAUAACCCAAGAGAAGGCAAGAUCCAACUUUGCUAGAGUUCUAAUUGAGGUGGAUGCCUCUAAAGCGCCCCCUCUAAAAGUAAAGGUUAAGAUGCCAAAUGGGAAGUUUCAUAACCAAAAAGUGAUAUAUGAGACUUUCCCAAACUUUUGCUUCCAUUGCAAGGCAUACGGCCACCAUGCUUUCACAUGCAAGGUCAUAGCCGACAUGGAGGAGAAGGAAAGGAUAAGGAAGAAAAAGGAGAUGGAACAGGGUGAGUCACAACCGAUGUUGGAAGAGCCUAAAGAGACUGAAAAGUUGGGAGAAGAGGAGAAUAUUACUGUGGUAAAGCUGGAUGCUCUGGACAUUAAUGCCGCGGUCACUGCCCAGGGUAAGCAUAAUGCCGCAGUACAACCUAAACUAAAGCAGGAUACCGCGGUACAAACUAAACUAAAGCAGGAUGCCGGGGGAGCAAAGCUACCCAAGAGGAAGGACCACCACCCUUUUAUACAAAAGGUAAGGUUGAAUAAAAGAAGGAAGACAAAGAAGAAAGGUAAGGAAGAUGGGGAGAUCACAUCUGAGUAUGAGACAAAUGAAGAGGAAGGUGACCCAAGAGUGAUUAGAAAUUUCACAGAUGUUUAUAAUGAUGAGGUCAUUGUCACCAUGCAUACCGAUGAAGUGCUCACACCUACCAUUGAGGUCAAACACUUUGAUGAUGUAAAGGAGCCUACUAUACGGCUGAAUCAUCUUCUCAAAGUGGUUGAGGCUGAUGCCCCAGGGGUAUGGUUUACCAAACAAUGUCUGGAGAGUCUGCCCGGAAUUAAGAAAACAAAGAGGUUUUAUAGAUUCUCACAAACCUUCAUGAAGUGUGUCUAUAGACACUUUCUUGAUAGAUACUUUGAGGAUGGGCACCCGAUGGGAAAUGGAAGCAAAGUUAUGCACCCCAAGUUCAUAAAAAAGAAGGAACACCGGGUAGUGAAUGAUAUACGAGAAGCCUACCUAGAUGAUGUCAUAACCAAGGCUGAGUUUGAGGAAGAUGGGACAUACAAAAUUCACCUAAUGCACUCGGGACACAUAGAGGAAAUGAUGAUAAGAAGGGACAACUACCUAUGCUGGGAUGAUGGCAAGAGAGAUGGCCUCACUUUUACACUGGAGUGUUUCAACUCACUGCCAGGAGCUCAUGAAACGGGGGAAGGGUAUGACUUCUCACAUCUUUUUAUGCUUAAAGUUUAUCCUCUAUUCCUUGAUAGGUACAAAGGAUGUGAGAGCUAUAGAGAAUGGGUACAACGGGAAAGGAGUAGGAACAAGUUGUACAAGAGAGGGAAGGAGAAGGAUACACAUUGCUAAUGUUUAUAGCUUCUUGGAAUAUAAGGGGGCUGAAUCAAGCCUCAAAACAAAAUUCAAUACUUAAUUUCAUACGGCUUAACAAGGUACGUGUAUUCUGCCUUCUUGAAACUAAAUUAUCUAGUAGUACUUUUGAAAAUUUUAUGAGAUUUAGACUUCCAAAUUGGAUGUCUAUAACGAAUUUUGAUAAAAUAGGAGGGGGUAGGAUGGCUAUAAUUUGGGACUCUGCUUUUGUGGAUGGGGUGAUUAUGGAAGUUGAUAAACAACAUAUUCACGCCCGGUUUACUUGUAGAGUAACCCAACUAAGUUUCUAUGUGACUUUUAUUUAUGCUUUGUAUACGGUUUUGGAGAGGAGAGAUCUUUGGAAGCAUGUGCACGGCUUAGGGACUAACACACUUGCUCCUUGGGUGGUUUUGGGGGAUUUCAAUUGUGUGUGUGACCCGUGUGAGAGGAGAGGAUCCGCACCCCCCUCGGCCUACCUCAUGAAAGACCUUAAUGAACUUAGACUUUGCUCCAACCUUAAUGAUGCGCCUUCUACAGGUGAAUUUUUCACUUGGCAUAGAGGGUCAAUUUGGGCCAAACUAGAUAGGGUUUUGAUAAACCCUCUUUGGAGUGCCCAAAGUGUGACAUGUCAAGCUCACUUCGUGGAAAUGGAGCCUGGGUUUGACCAUGUGGCAUCGUUGGUAAGGAUUGGGCAAAUACAAAAUUUGGGCUCCAAACCUUUCAAAUUUUUUAAUAUGUGGCUUAAGCAUAAAAAUUUUAAGGACAUUUUAGGAAGAGUUUGGCUUAGGAAUGUUGUUGGAACAGCUCAGUUUAGACUUGCUCGAAAACUAAAGUUGUUAAAGCAACCUCUUAAGCAAUUAAACAAAGAAGAAUUUAGCCACAUUUCUGCUAGAGCAAAGGAAUCUAAGAAGGAGUAUAAGAGGAUCUAUCAAUUGGCCCUAAUGUCUCCUUCGGAUGAUGCUUUAAAACAAGAACUUCUUGAAGCAAAAAAUAGGUCCAUCUUCCUUAAAGACGCCGAAGAAACCUAUCUUAGGCAAAAGGCUAAGGCUACUCACCUUUUACAAACGGAUAGGUGUACUAAGUACUUUCAUUCCAUUGUGAAGAAGAAAAAUGCAAAAAACUUUAUAGCCGCCCUUAAAUUGGAAGAUGGAAGUCUUACCCAAUCUAUGGGCCAAGUCGCUACAGAGUUUGUUACGUUCUUUAAGGGAUUAUUUGGGACCUACGUACCCUCGGAUGGAUAUGAUCGCCAUGUGAUUCAUUCGGGUGCAACCUUAGACCAUACACAGGUUGAGAGACUCAUUAGACCAAUUACUAACUUGGAAAUCAAACAGGCUCUAUUUGAUAUUGGUAAUGAUAAAGCUCCUGGCCCAGAUGGUUACUCUUCAGCAUUCUUUAAAUCCAAUUGGAGUUUAGUUGGAGAGGACUUAUGUGAGGCAGUUGGGGAGUUUUUUGCUUCAGGGAAUAUGCUUAGACAGGUCAAUCAUACAAUUAUAGCAUUGAUCCCUAAGACAAACCACUCUCCCACUGUGUCGGAUUUCAGACCAAUUUCUUGUACAAAUGUUACGUAUAAGGUCAUAACAAAGAUUUUAGCAAGUCGUUUAGGGCCUCUCCUUCCCACAAUUAUACACCCUGCACAAGGUGCUUUUGUGGAUGGACGAUUGAUGGCGGAUAACAUCUUUCUCGCACAAGAGUUAGUGAAGGGGUAUACUAGGAAGAGAUGUUCGCCUAGAUGUAUGAUCAAGGUUGAUCUUAGAAAAGCAUAUGAUACGGUCUCUUGGGAGUUUUUGGAAAAUGUUUUGAAAGACAUUGGGAUUCCCACACUCUUUGUCAAUUGGAUUAUGGAGUGUGUCACUACCUCCUCCUUUUCCAUAUCCAUCAAUGGAGUUCUACAUGGAUGGUUUGAAGGAAAAAGGGGGUUAAGACAAGGGGACCCUAUGUCUCCAUUAUUGUUUGUGAUAUGCUUGGAGUAUUUUUCUAGGAUGAUAGAUCUUAGGACUAUGGGCCCUAAUUUUAAAUAUCACCCGCUAUGCUCCAAACUAAAGAUUUCUCACCUUGCGUAUGCGGACGACUUGGUUUUGUUUUCUAAGGGGGAUUGCAGAUCCAUUAAGAUCUUAGCCGAGACUUUAGAGGACUAUGGAAUGGUAUCCGGCUUAAUGGUUAACCAUGACAAGUCUAAUAUUUUCUUGGGAGGUAAUGUGGCAAAUGCACUACCCCAAAUACUUGACUUAGUGGACUUUCAACAAGGAUCCUUCCCGGUUAGAUACUUAGGUAUUCCAUUGGCCCCUCUUAAGAUUUCUGUGGCUCAAUUCUCUCCUUUGAUAGAUACGGUCACGGACUAUAUUAAUGCUUGGAAUACUAAGACUUUAUCGUAUGCGGGGAAGCUUGAGUUAAUUAGGUCUGUCAUGCAAGGGGUGCAAUCCUUUUGGUUGGGAAUAUUUCCGGUUCCUAGAACCAUAAUUGAUAGGAUUGUGGCCCUUUGUCGUAUUUUUUUGUGGGGUGGUAAAUACGCCAAGGUAGCAUGGGAAGAUGUUUGUUUACCUAAGGAGGAAGGGGGGUUGGGGAUAAAAAAUGCAAGAGUGUGGAAUGAUGCACUCCUUUCUAGAACGCUAUGGAAUAUCCAUAAAAAACAGGAUACUCUUUGGGUACGUUGGGUGCAUGGGGUAUACCUCCAUGGGAGGGAUGUGUGGACAUUCGCUCCACACAAUAGGGAUUCUCAAUUGAUGAAAAGAAUAGCCUUGAUCCGGGACUCCAUUGUCUCUAAGUUCUCUAGUCUGGCUAUGGCCAUCUCCUUUAUUCAAAAGAACUCCCUUAAUGGUAGGAUUAUCACGGGUAAGGUGUAUGAUCUACUUAGGGUUAGAGCCAACCCUCGGAUGUGGAUGUCUUUUAUAUGGAAAUCUUAUAUACCCCCAAAGUUCUCGUUCAUCAUGUGGUUAGCUUUGAGAAAUAGGCUACCUACAUAUGAUAAUUUGGGGUUCCUUGAUGUGAUUAAUAUUUGCCAUUUCUGCAAGGGUGGACCGGAGACGGUUCCACACCUAUUUUUUGAUUGUAUGGUUACAGGAAAGGUAUGGGAAAUGGUAAAGCAAUGGCUAGGGCUAAGGAGACAAAUGACAACAUUAAGGAGUGCGGUCAAAUGGAUCAAAGAGGAGCACAAUGGAGCUAACAUUAAAGCAAAGGCCAUAAGGAUAUCUUUUUGCUAUACAGUCUAUUGGACAUGGAGAACAAGAAAUGCCGUUAUUUUUGAGGGAGCUAAGGCCAAAGUGGAUGAUAUGGUGUCACAAAUCAAGCGAUUCUUAGCGGAGGUUCGGCAGGGGGAUUGGCAGCUAUGAUUCAUUGUGACCGGUUUCGGGAUCUUCAUCCAAUUACUGCACGAGUCAAGUGCCUCGCAAUUGCAUCUUACAUUGUGCAUGAGGCACAUCUUAAUGAAAGCAAACAGUUUGAAGCAACGUUCCAGGGGUUGAUCAGUUUACACGGAUCUUCCCAAGCAUUGCCUCCCCUGUGCACAUCAAGAAUGAGUCCGGAUUUGUGCUUCUUCACUCAAUACUUUUUGCCGACUAUAAGAACACCUGUUUUUAUAGCAAUGUCGUCAUUCAAUCUAAUCCAAAUAAGUUAUAACCUAUUCCGGGCGGAUGAGGUUUGCCUUUUCCACAAUAAUUGCACUCAUGAUCGGCUCAAGGCAAUCCAAGCUUCUCGAAAGCUAGAUGUUACAACUCCGGUAACAGUUUUCAGAUCUUCAAAAGAAUUUGGUGCUCGCACACUUUGUGGUAAUAGCCGUAAGUAAUAUCGUUCUCCCUCAGUUGGAUUGACAUUGACAACUCUUCCAAUUACAUGUUUGUUCUUUCUUUGCAUCCAAAUCUUAUUCGUGGUAGACCAAACAAAGUAUUCAGGAAACUGAAUAUAUAAAAGAUUAAGUUUUUUUGCCACCUCAUCCCGAGCAUUCAUUUGGAAUUAUUUUGUAUGCAUGGUUCGAGAUUGAAUAUCGUCCUUGACUAUUGUUUUUAUCCUUUGAGCGCCACAAAAAUUUAUGUAUUGAAAAUUUUCCAAAUGAACUUGCAGUUGGAACACAGACGGGUGCAUAUCUGCAAUUGGGUAGAUUGCAGAGACCCAAUCGUAUCGUAUCAUAUCAUAUAUAAUACGUAGUAUUAUAUUAUGUUAUAUUAUCGUUUUUUUUAAUGUUAUAUUAUC